CAAAAGUCCAACCUCACCUCAAAGUUCCCCACAGCAACGAGAGCCUCCAAACCAACAUCGAAGAACUCGGAUUCAGACAAAGUCAAGAUGUCUAACAAAGGUCUAUCUUAUGGACUAAAUCUCGUCAAGAAGACUACUGGGAACAGACCUCAACCUGCAAAACGGAAACCUCUAUUCGAGGAAGAUAAUGACUCUGACGGCGAAGGGAAAGGCACAGAGGCUGGAAUCGAGGAAAUUGGAGAGAUAGGGGGGCUGUCCGACCGACCGCCAGCCUCAAAAUCUUCAAUGGAUGGACUUCUGCUGCAGUCAAAAGGGGGCAGGCCGCCACUGAAGCCAGGAAUAAAGAAAGGACCCAUCAGCAUGUACGGCGACCUAUCCUCAUCGUUCGGCUCCAAAAAGUACACAGAAACGGCAGAAGAACUGGAUUCCAAUAUCUAUGACUAUGAUGCAGUUUAUGAUUCCCUCAAACCGAAGAAGAAGGUUACCCAGGAAGACAUUGAAAGAAAACCAAAGUAUAUGAGCAACCUUCUUGCUGCGGCUGCAGUCCGCAAACGAGAUGCAACGAUCGCUGAAGAAAAGAAGUUAGCCAGGGAGAGAGAGGCUGAAGGAGAAGAGUAUGCAGACAAGGAGAAAUUCGUCACUUCGGCAUAUAAGAAACAGCAAGAGGAAAAUCGACGAUUAGAGGCAGAGGAAAAGCUCCGGGAAGAGCAAGAGGCGAAGAAAAGCAAAGGAACUGGCAUGACGAGCUUUUACAAGAACAUGCUUGAGAAAGGAGAGCAGAAGCACUCGGAUGUUAUCAAAGCUGUCGAAGAGAGAAUCAAGAACGGGCCUGCCGAGGAGGAUGAAGAAGAGAAGCAGAAGACCGAGGCUGAUAUGGCACGAGAAAUUAACGACAAGACUGGUGGUGCUAUUGCGGUCAACGAUGAAGGCCAGGUUGUUGACAAACGACAAUUACUCAAGGGAGGUCUUAAUAUUGCCGCAACGCCGAAGAGUGCAACUGCAUCAAGUACCCCCCGUGGGGGCUCAUCAAUGUCUGAUCGAAGCAGAGGGUCUGGGUUUGUGGGAGCUAGUGGUGGAAAGCAAGCUAUGCGGGAACGCCAGUCACGGAUGAUGGAAGCACAGUUAGAACAGGCGACGAAGAGGGCACUGGAGGAGGGCGAGGGAGAGCGGCAGAAGAUUGAAAGGGCGUCGAAGAGUAGAAAGACGGAGGGCGAUAUUAUGAGUGCCAAAGAGAGAUACUUGGCAAGAAAACGGGAGGCAGAGGAAGCAAAGAGGAGAGGAGAGGGUAAUGUAUGAAUGAUGGCAUAAAUUUAAUGGACUUGCCACAAGGAACAUUCAAACAAAGCUCUGCCGAACGACGGCUCCCUUAAUAGUCUUCUGGCGAUAGCGGAAUUCCACGAUCAAGUAUGGAUGUGGGACUUCAAAAGCUAAUAAGGGUUAAUGCCGUAUGCCAAAUUCCAGCUGAGUCAACGCU